AUGUUUCAUCACGAUUUUCACGACAACCUCCCUCUCCACCUAUAUUCUCUUCCCAAUCCCGUACCACAGCCUCAAGAAACAUCCUAUACUCGCCACGAUCCCACUCAAGACACGGGCCUUGGACCAAACACCAGUCAGAGGACGUGGGAUACAACUUUUUGGCCCCCUAUUCCUUGGGGCCUUUCGACUCUUCCUACCGCUACCGCCCAAGCCCAAGUAGACGGGGCAAGGCUCGACCCAUAUUUCGCAGGCGCCGACACGCGCCAAUCACCUCCUCGACCCAUCCUUCAGCAGCCACUCUCCCAAGGCAACGCCCAUCACGACCCUUCACUGGGCGCCUUUGAUCUCGAAAACCUCGGUGACUUACACCGCCCCCGACCUUCACCAUCGCCCGCACCUGCCCCCACCACCAACUAUCUCGACCAAUAUCUGCCCGAGCAUCUCCAAUUACCAUGGGUCAUAGCCUCUCCUCCAGUCAAAUUUGUUGCUCCCGCGCCGGUAAGGACAGAGUAUGGUGACCGAUAUCAUCAGCUGUUACAGACGAAAUUGUCGGACUCGCCUGUGACGCCGUCUACAUCAUUUCUUGGCCCUGGGCCUGGGGGAGAACCAUGUGCGUUUGGGCAGGUUGCGACGAAUGCGCCUGUGACAGACUUGAACGUUGGAGAACGAUUUGACGAGUUGCUAAAGAUGAAGUUGAGGUCGUGCAUCUCGGACCCGUCAGCCUCUACAUCUGGGGCGUCUGGCCAGAGUGAACGGGCAAGAGAGAGAUACAAAAUCCACGCCAAUCUUCGCCGGAAUAUCCUCGAAGACGGCUGCGGCAUGAUGUCUAGCGGGGCUGUACCUACCGUCGUCCGGCGGGGCAGUUUCGCAAGGCUCGGUCAAGAUAUUGGUCUUGGUCCUGACGUUGGUGCUGGGAGUAGAAAGGGGAAAGAAAGAGCCUGGACUUAUGACGACAAUACCAUCUCUCCUCCACUCUCCCGCCCGGUCUCUCACUCGCCUGCGCCAGACUUUGCAAAUCCGCAAGCAUGGUCCGACCGUCUCCCUGCUCGUUCCGCACCGACAACGGGGAUGGAUCCAGGGUAUCCCGAGACACUCUUCUCAGACUAUCUUCCUCGGCCUUUGACGCAACAAGAGACGCAUCAAGCGUACCCCCAGUCAUUAUCCGUACCGCCGUCGACCUCGUACGAGCAGAGUCAAAGCCUUGAUGUACCCCUCGAGAAGAGCAUUGGGUUUUCAAUAUGUGGCAAUCACGGUAGUCAGUCUUCGUCGCACUGGGACAUGGCCGCCGCUGCCGAUGACAACACCGAACGCCGAGCUUCGUUCUCUAUCUCCCCACCAUUGCCCGCUCACCCAUCCGUCCGAUUCUCAUGCACGCCCACCCACCAUUCUCCUCCUCCUGCGCCCUCGCGCCCUGUUUCUUCGCUUGAUACCGCCACCAAAGAGGCCUCCACCUCAUGGCAAACCCCAGACCCAGAUACACCCCCUGUCCUCAAGAUCAAAGUCCACAAACGCAAUGUCCUCCCGCCUUCUGCCCAUGAAUUGGAGGAUGCGGAUAUCCAUCCUGUUAUACGGAUGAUACCGUCUUCGUUCCCGCUCUUGCAUGGCGGUGGUGAUGGAUGUUUUCGUCCUUCUUUUGGGGAUGGGGAGGGAGAUGAUGGAGAAGGUGAUAAGGAGGGGGAGGGGAUGGAGACGGGGAUGAGGAGGGAGCCAAUUGUGAAGAAGCGUGAAAGAUCGAGCAAAGGCGAGCGGAAGGCCUCUUCGCUAUUUGGCGAUAUCGAGAGUCAGAACGAGUCAGAGGAAGGCGAGGGGUUUAUAAGGAAGGGCAAGAAUGGGCGAAAGAUCUAUGCCAAAACUUCUAUUGCUUGCAACUAUUGUCGGGUCAAGAAACUCAAGUGUGAUGGUGUUAGACCGAUCUGCUGUCACUGCGCGAAACGAGAAAGCACGGACUGCGUCUUUUCCGCGACACUCCGUCGCCGAGGUCCUGCGAAGACGGCACGUCGUGGGGGUGCGCAGAAGACGGCAUUUGCGAGGGAGGAAAUGUCUUUUCCGGAUGAUGACGAGGAGGCGGGAAGGGGAGGAAGGAUGGGAGCGAAUGUGUCGAUGUUGAGGGAUGAUCCUCCGCUGGGAGGGCGAGGGAAGAUAGCAGGGUCGCGAGGCUCGAAGAAGCGAGGGAGAGCAGGAGGAGAGCAGGAGAGAGAAGAUGCUCGAGAUGCUGGAGAGUAUCUUCCUCAGCGACGUCGUUCUUCUCGCAUCGACGAGGAUGAACAGGAAGGGGAUCAGGAAGAGGGAGAGGAUGGGGAUGGAGAAGAAGAAGAGGAUGAGGUCGAGGAUGCUGGAAGAGCGAAGCUACCGAUGUCGCAGUCAGUCAGUAUAGGUGUGACGCUACCGACAUCGGGAACGAGAGGUGGAUCGAGAAUUCUGACGAGGCGAGCUUGGGAUUGA